CGCGCUCCACAACGCGACCAGCUGCGCGCGCGGUGAAACAAUGCGCGUUCCCCGCUCGUUUAAACAUCAUGAACUUUCGGUUUUUGCACAAAUAUGGCAGAAAGCGUCGUUAGACGAGCUACUAAUUCAGAAAAAGUUAGCUAACUAACAUUUCUUACUCGCAGCGUUUGGUCUGAGAAAGGUGUGAGGAGUUUCAGCGACGUUACUCAGGUUCUCAGGUUCGCCUGCGAGAACAUUUUAUACUGAAAAACAUCCUGGAUUAGAAUAAAGACUUCAUUAUGGCCUUGGAAUGUAUUAAAAACUGCUGCAAGCUUUUUCUGGUGAAGGAGAAGGAACCAGAGCCUCAAAUCAUUACAGUUCGACCCUUUGCGUCGCCGCCAGAGGCCGAAGUGAAGAAAAGCACGUUGGGCGUCUCAGAGGAUUAUCUUCUCUCCAAACUGCCUCCUGAUGGUAAAGAAAUACCCUUCGUCCUCCCUUCAUUCAGAUCCUCCUACAUACAGCCCCAAGAGAUGCAGUACUCCAGCUACCAGGUCGGACUACAAGGUUCAGCGAGAACCACGUACGCAGACAGGAAGGCCGAGCUGUCUUCUGCGGCUCUGUUCGCCUAUGACCCCAUUUCCCCCUUUAACCCGGCUCAUGUGAUCAGCUACGUAUCCCCGAGGACCGUGAGACGACCCCUGAUGAGAGGCGGACACGUGUCAGCCUUCGAGCAGAGCGUGAAGCAGAGACUCAGCGCCUCCAUGUUGGAUCUGUCCACUCCUCACGGCCACAUUCAGCGCUAUGACUCGGUGAACAGCGUCCCGAGCAGCACUUCCUCCAUCCGGGAUUCCUUUGGGAGCAGCCGCAGCAUAGAGUCCAGCACAGUGUCGAGUGACGAGCGGGAGAGGGAUCUGGGGAAGGUGUGUGUGCGUGUGAGCUACCAGGAGGCGGUGGAGCAGGUGUGGAUCACGCUGGUGCAGUGUAAGGAUCUGUGUGUGUACUCGGAUGGUGGUGAGCAGCAGAGGGUCGGCUUUAAGGGGGUCAUCACCAUGGCGAAGCCUGUGCAGUUUAAGACUUCAGUGAAAGAGGCAACACCAGACUUGGUGUUUAUGGAGACCUUCGUCUUCACUCUGAACCUGGAGCAGCUGCGUGGCUGUGCACUGGUGCUGCGACUGCAGACACACGCCCCUCGCAAGCGCACACAGGGCGAGUGUGUGUUAUCUCUCCGUACGCUCGCCUCGCAAGAGACCGAGCGCUGGCUGGAGCUGAGUCCACCCUGCAAAACACACGUUUGUCACGCCGAGCUCCAGUUAUCCACCUGCUUCCAGCCCGUCAGCAGCAGGAUCCAACUCCAGAUCCUCAGCGCUCAGAACCUACCUUCAUCAUCCUCGCUCCUCACACAGAGUUUCUUCGUGAAAGUCGAGAUGUUCAGCGACGGACGCUUCAUAAUGAAGAGGAAGACGAAGCUGGCGAAGCCGUCUGGCGGGAAGGUGCAGUGGGCGGAGUCAGUGCUCCUGCCAAUCACCAGUCAGGACUACAACGUUCAGCUGUCAGUCAAACUCUACAGCCGUGGAUCUAUACGCAGGAAGUACCUGCUUGGACAGGUCAUCCUGGGUUUCGACAGCUCGGCACCGGACGCCGUGGAGCAGUGGACCGACUCCAUCACACACCCAGAGAAAGUGGUUACAGCAUGGCACCGACUGAGCCACCCCUGAGAGAGAGAGAGAGAGAGAGAGAGAGAGAGAGAGAGAGAGAGAGAGAGAGAGAGAGAGAGAGAGAGAGAGAGAGAGAGAGUGAGUGAGUGAGUGAGUGAGUGAGUAAAGGAGUGAGUGAGUGAGUGAGUGAGUGAGUAAAGGAGUGAGUGAGUGAGUGAGUAAAGGAGUGAGUGAGUGAGUGAGACAGUGAGUGAGUGAGUGAGUAAAGGAGUGAGUGAGUGAGUGAGUGAGUGAGUGAGUGAGUGGAGGAAAGACAAACAGGUGGACUGGGUGUGCACCUGACACUGAACAUAGGACUGGAGCAACACACACACGCAUACACACACAUACACACAUACACACACACACACACACACACGCACACAUUUAUUUUCACUGGGCCUAAUUUUUCAAACUGGAUACAAAGAAAUUUAUUCAUAAUCUGGUGUUAAUGAAAAUCCAGUGGAAGGUGAAGGUGAUGAGUUACUGCGAUUUGUUUAGCCAAUUAUCGAGCUUAAUUUUUUUUUUUCAAUUACACUAAUUUGCCUUGUGUUUGGUGGGCGUGGCCAAAAAUAUUUACAUAAAAUUUUACAGACAUUAGAAGCUGCUGCUCUUUGUGUGUACAGGACAAACUGUAUAUAGUUUAUCUGAGUUUUCAGGUAUGCGGAUGAUAAGAAUGUGUAUUUUAUACUCUGGAACUAUUUAAAGAAUAUAGAUUUACUGUAUAGAGUUACAGAGUAAAAUGUUGUCAUGAAUAUUUACAUGAUGGAGUCUGUGCGAUGUUCAUUAUUGACCUCAGUGUGUGAGUUUCUCUCUCUCUGUCUCUCUCUCUCUCUCUCUCUGUCUGUUUUCCCUUCAUGCCUCUGUUCAUUUCAGUUAAAGUGGGGGGUGUGGCUUCUCUGCCUGUCAGUCCUAAUAAAGUGGGUGUGGCCUCAGUAUAUGUCAAGUUCCUAACUGGCUGCUCUGCUUUUGAUGAUCGAGAGACACCUGGCAAUUGUUUGGCAGUCCUUUUGAAGGAGGUGUGGCUUCUCUGUCUGUCAGUCAUGGGGAAGGAGGUGUGGCCUCUGAAAAUCCUUAUGAAGAAGAAAUGGAUCUGUUCUUCCUAUUGUCUUUCCUACUGAUGGGCUUCAGUCCUACUGAAGGAGGCACAGCCUUUCUGCCUGUCAGUCAGAAUAAAGGAGGCGUGGCUUUUGUGGCUGUCAGUUUUAAUGAAGGAGGUGUGGCUUCUGUGGCUAUCAGUCCUAAUGGAGGAGGUGUGGUCUCUGUGACUGUCAGUUUUAAUGGAGAAGGCGUGGCUUCUGCGGCUGUCAGGUUUAAUGGAGGAGGCAUGGCAUCUGUGGCUGUCAGUUUUAAUGGAGGAGGCAUGGCAUCUGUAGCUGUCAGUUUUAAUGGGGGAGGUGUGGCUUUAGUGGCUGUCAGUUUUAAUGGGGGAGGUGUGGCUUUAGUGGCUGUCAGUUUUAAUGGGGGAGGCAUGGCUUCUGUGGCUCUCAGUUUUAAUGAAAGAGGUGUGGCUUCUGUAGCUGUCAGUCCUAAUGGAGGAGGCUUGGCCUCUGUGGCUGUCCGUUUUAAUGGAGGAGGUGUGGCUUCAGUGGCUGUCAGUUUUAAUGGGGGAGGUGUGGCUUCUGUGGCUCUCAGUUUUAAUGGAGGGGGUUCUGUUCUGCUGCUGUGGCUGUCAGUUUUAAUGGAGGAGGCGUGGCUUCUGUGGCUAUCAGUUUUAAUUGUGGGGGCGUGGCUUCUGUGGCUCUCAGUUUUAAUGGAGGAGGUGUGGCUUCUGUGGCUGUCAGUUUUAAUGGAGGAGGCGUGGCUUCUGUGGCUAUCAGUUGUAAUGGGGGAGGCGUGGCUUUUGUGGCUGUCAGUUUUAAUGGAGGAGGCAUGGCUUCUGUGGCUCUCAGUUUUAAUGAAAGAGGUGUGGCUUCUGUAGCUGUCAGUCCUAAUGGAGGAGGCUUGGCCUCUGUGGCUGUCCGUUUUAAUGGAGGAGGUGUGGCUUCAGUGGCUGUCAGUUUUAAUGGGGGAGGUGUGGCUUCUGUGGCUCUCAGUUUUAAUGGAGGGGGUUCUGUUCUGCUGUGGCUGUCAGUUUUAAUGGAGGAGGCGUGGCUUCUGUGGCUAUCAGUUUUAAUUGUGGGGGCGUGGCUUCUGUGGCUCUCAGUUUUAAUGGAGGAGGUGUGGCUUCUGUGGCUGUCAGUUUUAAUGGAGGAGGCGUGGCUUCUGUGGCUAUCAGUUGUAAUGGGGGAGGCGUGGCUUUUGUGGCUGUCAGUUUUAAUGGAGGAGGCGUGCCUUCUGUGCCUGUCAGUUACAUUAAAGGAGAAGUAGUUUAUCUGUGUGUCAGUCCUGGUGAAGGAGGCGUGAUUUCCCACUUCACUUCCCACUAAACACCAUUUAAAAAUCCAACCAAACAGCUGAUUUUUUAAAAUUUUGUGCAGAAAACAGAUUCACAUGUUAAUUUAUGAUGCUCAAACUUAUGUGGAAUUGAAACAUUUUGCCUUUUUUGGCUGUUUACAUCACGCCGUCUCAGAGGGAGAGGGAGAUCUGGCAGUAUUGUAGAUUAAUAUCCUGUGUAGCAGUGUCCUGAUGUUUACGAGACGGUUGAUCAGGGGUUCGACUUGAACAGGUUGAUGAUGAGGUGAGGGAUUGAGGCUUUCUGAGAGCAGGAGCUGUAAUUUAAAGUUACCUAACUUCACACAAAGAGUCCUCAAAAGCCACACGCCUUGUUUCUGGGUCACAGACGGUUGACACACUUUUUUUUGGAGGUAAAUAGACGGAGUUUGAAGAGGAUUCAGUCCUUCAGUCUGUCCCGAGAGAGAGAGAGAGAGAGAGAAACACUAGUUUGUUCUGAAGUGCUCCUGGUUGCUGUAAUGUCUGUAACAGAAAUGUUUGUUCAUGAAACUAGCUGUAAAUGAGCAUUUUAUUGUGUACAUGUUUGCACUAACGUCACGUUUACGCAGAGCAGAUAGUCGUUAUCUCUUUAAUGCUAUAGAACUGACAUUUUAAUGUGUGUUUAAACUUUAUAGCUCUUUAGAACAUAUAUGCAGGACAAUGAUGGAGUUUCUGAACAACAUUUUGUUCUGUUAUUAUAAUAUGCAUUUAUUUUUGUCACGGUACCUGAUGUGUGUACUCAGUGAGAAGUGAUGGAUCUUCUGUAACAUUUACACUCUACAAUGUUGUAGAAUCUGUAUUUUGUCAUCUGUUUAUUUUAUUAAAACUUCACUACUGAAGGAAAAGCUG